AUGGCUUCUAUCUGGGAAACGACCGCCAUGCUCUUCCGCGCAGUGAGCUCGAAAAAUCAGCAGGCUAGCGGAAUAUACCUCGUCUUCCAAAUCUUCAUCUUACUUGCACCUCUUUGGGUGAAUGCAUUCGCAUAUAUGACCCUUGCCCGAAUGGUCUACUUUUUCCAUCCCUCACGGAUGAUAUUUCGAAUGCCAGCAGCUAUCAUCUCUGCCGUUUUUGUCUUCUUCGAUUUGGCCGCUUUCGUCAUCCAGCUUAUUGGUGGAAGUAUGGCGGGCCCGGGCGACUCCCCGGAAGACCAGCGGCGAGCCGUCAACAUAUACAUGGCAGGCAUUGGUUUCCAGCAGCUCGUGAUUGUAUUUUUCGUCGGGCUCUGCAUUGUUUUUCAGUUCCAGAUGGCGAAGCUCGAGACACACCCUGGAAACUCUAGCACAUAUCGCGUCCGCACCAAAUGGUUUCCUCUCCUCUGUGCACUGUACAUCGCAUUAUCAAUGAUCACGGUGCGCAUUGUCUAUCGGCUUGUCGAAUUUUCCGGCGGUAUCAAUCAGGGGAAUGCACUGACGGCAAAAGAAAUAUACUUCUACGUUCUUGAAGCGGCACCAAUGCUGAUCGCCCUGUCGAGCUUCGCUCUGUUCCAUCCAGCGAGAUUCAUGAAUGGUCCUGGUUCCGAUAUGCCCGGGCCUUUCACCUUGUUGAAGAACAAGCUUCGGCGUUGGAAAGGGAAACAGGAAAUUCUAGAUGAUGGACAAGAAAGUGAUACACAUGAGUUGAUGUCAAAGGGUGACUUGCGCUAA